UUGGAGUCCUCUCUCUUUAUUAUACCCACUAUUUCCUAGUGGAGUCUCUCUCUCUUUCUUUUUUUCUUCCAGAUUUGUACAUCUACUCAUAGUUCUCUAGGGUUUUUGUUUUUGAAAAGUGUUUCAAUCAAGCAACAUCUUUUUGAGAGUCAUAUAAAAUGGUUGAACUCUUGUUUCUUCUAUCUUUUUUGGUGGAGCUACAAAGUAAUUGCUUUCAUAUGAAUCUUGAGAGCAUAAAAAUGAAAGAAGGGGUGAGUUAUAUUUCAUUGCUUUUUAAGAGACCAGUUUCAUGGUUGUCUUUUCUUGCCCCACUACUUCUUCACAUCGUAGGACUUGGCUUCUCCCAAAUCCUAGUUACCUCAGCUGCUUUGUUCUUCUCAUCUUUCUUCUUCCCUCUCACAAUCCAAAAACCAAACUUCAAGGUUCAAGAUCUUAGUCAACAAGAUCAGUACUCUCUAGGAGAGACUGAAGUAUCUACGACGACCACUGAUGAUAUUGUCAAAAUUAAGGACGAAGACGACGGAACAAUCCCUGAUGAGGAAAGCCUCAUAGAGCUCUCCUUACCAAGUGGUCACUACGUUGGCCACCGCUAUAGUACUAUGAUUGUACAACAAGAUCAAAAGGUCAUGUACAACAACAUCCCAGAUUUCAGGCUUAUCCAACUAUCAGCCGAGUAUGAAGACGAUAAUCUGAUCGAAAUUGACAUUUCCAUCGGAUCCAUCAAGUGUUCAAGGUUCCAGAUCAAAGCCUGAUACAUCUUUCAUAUAUUUCUAUCACUAUAAAAGCUAUUAAUAAUAUAUCGGAUGUAUAGUAAUAUUAAUUGCGGU